AUGACCCACCUCCGCUCUAGUGAGACUCGCUACCGCGCCGCUCUCAAGCCGGACUUCCUCAAAGAGAACUCUCCCCCCCCCCCACUUUAUAUCACCCUGUACUUCCUUGUCACCUGCCUCCCGGACUCCCUCCGCACAGUUAGGGACCACUUUCUCGCCCUUGACCCCACUGAGCUCACGCUUGCCUCGCUGGAGAAGUACCUUCUCGAGGCUGAGACCAGUAUUGUCACUGUCGCUAUCUCUCGUGUCACUCCCCGCUCCCCCUUCUUUGAGGGGUGUGCUCCCUCCCAUCUCAUACCCUCAGUUGCCACUGCUGCUGCUGUCGACCCCCUUGGUGCUGAGGAAGUCGGCGGUGUGUCUGCUCCUAGUGAUAGGCGCCGCAUCGGCAAGGGCAAGAGGGGUAAGGGAGGUGGGGGUGGCGCUAGCGGUGGUGGUAGCGGGGGUGGUGGUGGUGGGGGUGGAGGCGAUGGAGGUGGCACCGGAGGUGGAGUCGGUGGAGGUGGCGGGGGUGGUGGAGGUGGCCAGGGUGGUGGAGGCGGCGGGGGUGGUGGAGGCGGUUGGGGUGGAGCCGGCAGGGCGUGA